AUGAUUUCCCUUUGGAGACUCACCCUCCUGUGUGGUCUGCUCGUCAGCCCCUCCUGCUGCCUUCUAGAUUCCUUAAAACCUAUUCUGGGUGAUGUGCAAUCUGCUCUGAAGAAGGAAACAGAUGUGGUUGAAGGCAAACUUCAAGAGGUUGGUCAGGACCUUUUAAAAGAAGUGGACAAACUGAAGGGCUCUUCCCUUGGACAAACUCUGGAGCAUGCCUUAUCAAAAGUUGGGAAUGUGGUUGACAGUACUGUGCAUUCUGUGCUCUCCGAACUUCAAAACAUCUUUAAGUUAAAGAUUCAGGACUACUCUUUCCUGAAGAUCAAAGCUGAACUGGGUGCUGAUGACAACAGUAUCACCCUCAGAGUACCUAUCAAUGCGAAAGUUAGCCUGAAAAUAAAUCCUUUACUCUCAGAUCUUGUCAAAGUGAAAGUUGGUUUGGAUUUGCUUUUACAAGUCAAACUUGGGAGUGAUGACAAGUCUGGUGUCUCUGUUGUGCUUCUCGGAGAAUGUUACAGUGACCCAGCCACAGUUUCUGUAUCUGUUUUGGAUGAGUUCUCAAGUGUUCAGAAAUAUUUGGCGAAGGACCUGGAUAGUCUCCUAAAUAAAUUAGUUCCUGCUGUAUUGGAGAAACAGGUCUGUCCUGUCAUCAAGAAUUUGGUAAAACUCCUUGAUGUUAACACAGUUAAAGACUGGAUAACUGCAGAAUGA